UGUGUGGGGUUUAUGCUCAAGAGGACUGAACUGAAAGCUGCUCCACAAUUCACCACGUGUAUGGACGACGAACACAUUUAAACCAUAAAUUCACUUUUGACUGCUUCCUUUCGGACUGUUGGGAUACUGUUCGGACUUGACUGUACUCUGGGAGCAGCAUGGAAUCCCACUAACAAACACUCCUCGCUUUUCCAAGUUUCACCAGAAGCUCCUACAUCAGGAUGAAGGGACGAACAGACACCCCCCAGGACCGGGGCUGCUUAGUGGGGAUCAUUUUCUUCAUUCUGGGCCUGGGGACACUACUACCAUGGAACUUCUUCAUGACUGCUUCAUUGUAUUUCGAAGGGCGCCUGAACACAACAGAAUGGAGCAAUGGUACAGUGGUGGUCCGCAAAGAGUACUACUUCAAAAACUGGAUGACCCUGCUCUCCCAGCUCCCCCUGCUGCUCUUCACCCUGCUCAACUCCUUCCUCUAUCAGAGGAUAUCAGAGUUGAUGCGCAUCGCAGGUAGCCUCGUUUUUAUCCUGUUGCUCUUCCUCCUGACAGCAGUGCUGGUCAAGGUGCCCAUGGAGGAGGACCGCUUCUUCUCUGUCACCAUGGCAACCAUCUGGUUCAUCAAUUCGUUCGGCGCUGUGCUACAGGGCAGUCUGUUCGGCCUCGUGGGUUUGCUGCCUCAGAAGUACAGCGCCAUCUUCAUGAGCGGACAGGGACUCGCUGGGACCUUCGCUGCCAUUGCCAUGCUGCUUGCUAUUGGCAGUGAUGCAGACUCUGAGACAGCGGCGUUGGGUUACUUCAUCACACCAUGUGUUGGGACACUGAUCACACUCUUCAGCUACUUGUUUCUGCCUCGUCUGGAGUUUGCUCAGUAUUAUUUGGACAAAAGCCACCAGUAUGACGUCGGAACCACAGAUGAGCUGCUGAAAGAGAGCACCACUGUGGAGAACGGCAAACUGAACGGCCAUGCUAACGGCUCAGUGCCCAGCAGCGCAACUAAAAGUGACAGUCCAUCUGAGCUCGAGGUGGACUCCAGUCCAGAUGGGACCAAGCAGGCCUUCCUGUCGCUGGAGCAGGUUGAGCGUGGACAGACGAAGUCUUCAGUUAUGGAGGUGUUCAAAAAGAUCUGGGUGAUGGCGCUCUGUGUCACGUUUGUGUUCACUGUCACUUUGUCUGUCUUUCCCGCUGUCACCGCAGACGUCAAAACAGCAUUUCCAGGAAAAUGGGAGCGCUUCUUUAUCUCCGUGUGCUGUUUCUUGAUUUUCAACAUCAAUGACUGGCUCGGUCGGACCAUCACCACCUUAAUACGCUGGCCCAGUAAAGAGUCUCGUCUGUUCCCGGUGCUGGUCGUGUCCAGGGUGGUCUUCGUCCCUCUGCUCAUGCUCUGUAACGUCGAGAAGCGCUCCUUCCUCCCGGUCUACUUCGCCCAUGACGGUGCAUUCACCGCCAUCAUGGCACUGUUCUCUCUGUCCAGCGGCUACUUCGUCUGCCUUUCCAUGUCCUACGCACCACAGUUGGUGGAUCCGAAGGACGCGGAGACGGCCGGAGCCCUCAUGACCUUCUUCCUGGCCCUGGGCCUGUCGAUAGGCGCCGCCCUGUCCUUCCCCCUCCGGGCUUUGGUGUAGACCCACACACUCCCCCGAUGCUACGUGGACACUGUAGAUACGUUCUUGUGUGUUUUCUCCCGUUCAUCUGUCAGGCGCUGUGUGUUACACCACGACGACCAAGGAGCUCAAUUUUACCGUGGUGUUGUAAACCGACCCCACUUUCACAACGACUGACAAGAUUCCCACUGAACGACGAAGAAGGGAAACACUGUCCUGAAAAUGAAUGACUGUCAUUUGCUUUGUGGUGGAAAAAUUUACUUUUUAUAUUCUAUACUCUUUUAAUAUGUUAUACUGUUAAGUACAUGCUGAGUCAUUGUUAUGUGUGCUGUUUACCACUCUGUAGCAACCCUGACUUGGG